AUGUCUCGCCCUCCUCCUCACGUCCUCGCCGCGCUCCUCUCCCGCCUCCGCGCCUGCGGCUCCGCCGCCCACGCGCUCCAGUGCCACGCCCUCCUCCUCACCUCCGGCCACCUCGCCGCCUCCCCGGCCCGCCUCUCCAACCUCCUCCUCCUCGCCCUCGCUUCCGUCUCCGCCUCCGCCCACGCCGACGCCGUCUUCUCCCACCUCGCGGAGGAAGCUUCCCGCCACGCGUUCCCCUGGAACACCCUCAUCCGCCUCCACUCCCCCGCGAGCAGCCCCCGGAGGGCGCUCCUCUACUUCUCGCGCAUGCGCCGAGCCGGCGUGGCGCCCGACGCGUACACCUUCCCCGCCGUGCUCAAGGCGUGCGGCUGCUCGCCCGGCUGUAGGGUGGGGGUGUUGGUGCACGGCGAGGCGGUGAGGAGGGGGUUGGACGCCGGCCUGUUCACGAGGAACGCGCUGAUUAGCUUCUACUGUAGGAUCGGGGACUGCCGUUCCGGGAGGAAGGUUUUCGACGGCGGCGUGCGGGACCUCGUGUCUUGGAACUCUAUGGUGGCGGGGUACGUUCUGUGCGGGGAGGCGGAUCUGGCGCAGGAUAUGUUUGAAAAAAUGCCGCAGAGGGAUGCGUUCUCCUGGGCCACCAUGAUCGAUGGGUAUGGAAAGCUGGCAGGUGGUGUAGAUCGUGCACGUGAGCUGUUUGACCAAAUGCCUCAUAGGGAUUUGGUGUGCUGGAACUCCAUGAUUGAUGGUUAUGCCAGGCAUGGGAGGAUGGAUGAAGCGAGGGUGCUGUUUGAGAAGAUGCCUGAGCGGAAUGUAAUCUCAUGGAGUGUUGUCAUUGAUGGCUAUGUCAGAUUCGGGGAGCCGAAGGAAGCAUUGGAAUUGUUCCAGAAGAUGUUAAGAUGUGGCAUCAGGCCUGAUAGGAUCGCUGCAGUUGGGGCUGCUGCGGCUUGUGCACAGUUGGGCGCUCUAGAGCAAGGUAGGUGGCUGCACUCAUACUUGGAGAAGAAGAAGGUGUUGUUUGAUGUUGUGGUGCAAACAGCUUUGAUAGAUAUGUACAUGAAAUGUGGGCGUUUGGAUCUCGCCAAGUUGAUCUUUGAAAGCAUGCCUGAGAAGAGUGUGGUCACUUGGAAUGUGAUGAUUGUUGGACUUGGAACUCAUGGUUACGGAGUUGAUGCUAUUAAGCUUUUUCACCAAAUGGAGAGUGAAAGGGCACCAAUGGAUGAUCUUACUGUACUUGCCGUCUUGACUUCUUGCACACAUGCUGGGUUAGUCUCAGAGGGUUUAGGGAUAUUUUACAGAAUGGGGAAGGACUUAGAACUGGACCCUAAGGUCGAGCACUAUGGUGCAUUGAUUGAUCUACUUGGCCGUGCUGGACGAUUGGAUCAGGCUAGGAACACAAUAGAGACAAUGCCGAUGGAACCAACUCCUGAGUUAUGGGGGUCUCUUCUUGCUUCCUGCCGAAGCCAUAGGUGUGUGGAGCUGGCUGAGGUAUCAGUUGAGCGUCUGGCUAAUCUUGGAGCAGAUGACUCUGGAGUCUAUGUUCUUCUGUCCAAUAUCUAUGCUGAUGAAGGAAUGUGGGAUGAUGUUUUCAGAAUUAGAAAAUUGAUGGCUUCUGAGGGUAUGAAAAAGAACAUUGGACGAAGUGCGAUUGAGGUGGAUGGACAAAUUCAUGAGUUUGUGAACGGAGGUAGUUUACAUCCCCACAAGGAGGAAAUUUACUUGGCGCUGUGGAAUUUAUCUAACAUAGCGGCAUCUACUUGAUCGCUGUGUCAUUUAUGGAAUGUGCCAAAUACUUUGUUGUUAUGUCUCUUGAUUGAUUCGGCAUUCUGUACGUGCGACAAUAUAAUGCUGGAGGAAGAUUUUGAAACCUCAUUAUAUCCCAGUCUGUUAAGCUUUCGUUCUGAAGCUGUAUAAUGGACAUUUGCAGUUGUGCGCUACCUGAUAAGUCAAACUGAAGAGGUAUUCAAGUACUACCAUGUUGCCUUUUUGUGGCUCCGUAGUCCAGUUAGUCCUCCUGGUUGCUGCUCAGCUUCCUUGGUUUCAGGAAAAGGAAGUUCUGCUUUGGAGAUUUGGAACUCUGACUUUAUUUGCUAAAGGAAUUUGCAGACAGCUACAAGGUUGAAAACUGUACCAGGCUGAACCACAAUUUCAAUCCUAAUUAAGAAGCUUCUGAAGUCUGAACCUCUGCAGCGUUGAUCUUUUUACUUUGUUGGAAUGAAGAGAAAUGAAUCUCAGACUGAAGACUGAAGUUGUCGAAUAAUAUGCACUACGCUGUCAGUUACUUUUUCUCACCUUUCUACACUCCAUCUAAUUAUUGUUGAUGAUAAUGGAAUUUAGCUGCAUGCAAAUAUAGUAGGAACUGACGUUGAGACAUCAGAAAACAUCUUACAUGACAUUGAACUUGUGCCAAUCCUAUUAUUUCCUUCCAGCUCUCUUCUACUCCAUGCCACCCCAUCAAAUAUUUGUUCGCAAUAUCUGAUUGGCAUCACUGCCAUACUAUGAAUAAUUGGAUUAGUAUGAUCAUAGGAAAGAUUCCUAAUGACUGAAAAGUGGCAACACAACAAAUGAGGGGUUUCGUGAUAUUAAAAUAACUGGUCUUGUUUUUUGGUGUGCUGUAUGCCCCUGAUCCAGAGCAUGUGCUAAUUUAGAUUAUGUUUUAUUGGCAUUAACAAUGAUGAACACCGUGGAGAU